AGCGAAGGACACUCCACCGUUAGACCUCCACUCUUCGAUGGAACAAACUACACCUAUUGGAAGGAACAAAUGAGGAUUUACAUUUGGUCAAUCAACUUCGAACUAUGGUUAAUAAUAAAAAACGGUGAGACGACGCCUAUGAAAAAGGUUGGUGAAACCACCAUCCCAAAGAAGGAGGAAGAAUAUGAUGCUCAAGACAUCAAGAAUGUAAAAGCUUUUGAAAAAGCUAAACACGUGAUUUUUUGUGCAAUUAACCCGGAUGACUACCAGAAAAUUUCUUCUUGCUCCACCGCAAAAGAAAUGUGGGAUAAGCUUGAAGUGACAUACGAAGGUACGCCUCAAGUCCGUGAAGCUAAAAUUGAUUUUCUAACCCAUGAAUAUGAGUUGUUUAAAAUGAAGGAAAUUGAAAGCGUUGAUCAAAUGUUCGACCGAUUUUUAAAGAUCAUCAACGAUCUCCAUGUCCUUGGUAAAACAUACUCGAACAAAGAUCUUGUUCGAAAAAUCCUUCGGAGCUUAACACCGGAAUGGCGUUCAAAAGCCGAUGCCAUAUAUGAGUCGAUUGGUAACACCAAUGUCACCAUCGAUGGUCUUCGAGGUAAUCUUAAAACUUAUAAAUCUACGGUUCUUAAACCUUCUCUUCACAAGAGUCCCGGUCUCGCUCUCAAAGCCUCAUCCUCAAAAAGGGUAGAGGUAAGUGACUCUGAUAAGGAUUACGAUAAUCUUUCUAAUAACUUGCUCGAGAAGUUCCAAGAGUUUUUGAAGGAAGAACUUAGGUCCCGAGAUUGUAAAAGAAAGGGGGAACACGUUCCAACGUGCUUUGGUUGUGGAGAACUUGGCCACAUAAAGCCAUAUUGCCCAAACCGCAAGGAAAAGAAGAAGAAGGAACGAGCAUGCAUGGCAUGGGAUUCGGAAAGUUCCGGUGACGAAACCGCCACCUUAUGUCUUAUGGCUCAUGAACGAAAUGGAGAGCGCAGCUCUCUGAUAUGCCGCAGCUCUCUAGCCGCAGUUCUCUCAUCUGCCAUCUUCUUCGACUCCAUUGCUUUUGCGUGAAUUUAUCUGCGAUCCAGCUGCAGCCACUAACGACUCCAUUCUCUCUGGCCUGAAUCUUCUCUCCUACGACGGAUUUCAGAGGCGCAGAAGCUGGAAGACGAAGCCUACUGCCGAAACCGAAUCGGAAAGAGAGUGACGAC